AAACAAUAAAUAAGAUCUGGUAUCUAUUUUAAAUUACACCAACGUUGACCAUUAACCCAUAUAUGAUCUAACUUACCAGCACACGGUAAUUGGAUUGAAUAUUGUUCAUGGAUUCCAAUAACUUUACAAGAUCACAGAAGCUAUUAGACUUGUCUCAACGAUUUCGUCAAUCGAAGUCUGUUUUCCCAAUUUCAGAUGACCCCUCAAUUGGUCAAACCGAAAGAUCCAAAAGACCCAACCGAGCUGCUGUUCUGAUAUGUUUAUUCGAGGAAGAAGAUGACAUCUAUGUUAUUUUAACCGAACGAUCAUCAAAGCUGUCGUCUUACUCUGGGGAAGUGUCGUUGCCGGGAGGUAGAACGGACAAAGAGGAUACAGAUGAUAUUCGUACCGCAUUGAGGGAAGCUGAAGAGGAAAUUGGCUUGGAUCCCACCCUUGUAGAUGUUAUUACUGUUCUUGAACCGUUUGUAACCAAGAAGAAUGUUACAGUAGUUCCAGUGAUGGGUAUCCUAUGGGAUAAACAAGCAUUUAAUCCGAUUCCAAAUCCUGGAGAAGUGGAAUCCAUAUUCUAUGCACCUUUGGAAAUGUUUCUCAAGGAUGAAAACAGACGACAUGAAGAGAGAGAACAUGGGGGAGACAAAUACUUGCUUCACUAUUUUUCUCAUAAAACAAAUAACAGGGUGUAUGUGAUAUGGGCUCUAACCGCCGGAAUCUUGAUAGCUGCCGCCUCCCUCGUUUUCCGGCGACCACCGGAAUUUCAAGAAAGGGCGUCUAAACUCUGGCACAAAAACCACUCAAGUUCUAAUGUUUCUGGAAUCAUUCAGCCAAAAUAUAUAGAAAUGUGAUAGAAGUCGAAUCAAAGAUAAAAUUGUAAGCUUAUUUGUAUCAAAUAAAUUUUUUGUCUGUGGCAUAUGUAAAAAUGUUUUAUUUUAUGUUAUGUAUUUUUUUAUGCACAUCAUAUGUCAAUUAACUUGGAAAUAGUGUUCCAACCUGAUCAUUUAUGAGAUUAUUGGUACCUGACUACCUGAUUUGAAUUUU